GCGCAUUUGAGGGAGUGCAGAAGAAUCUUCUGGAAGCUCAGAGGAACUCUUCCCUUUUCAUUUCAAAAUUAUGGCUUACAUCACGUCCCCAGGCCUGAUUCUUUCACCGCCCCCGUCCCUCUCUUCAUCCACUUCAUCAUCCCGUCCUUCAGUCACGCAGUCUGUAGAGAAAACGAUUUUGUCCGCUCCUGCCACAAUUUUGGUUCAUCUUCAGGAGUCCGGUAGUAAAGCCUUGCGCAAAGCCAUAGCCAGUGAACAAACCAAGUCCUGGUUAAAGGCUGUUGAAUAUUAUACUGAAUUGCUGGACAUUGUGAACAAAGUUAAAAUUCUCAGAAUAUUUGACACUGACCUGCCUUAUGCUCAGCUGCUAUUUGAAACGUAUUAUCACUUAGCAGUAGCUUAUCAAAACUUGAAUCUCCAUAGGAAGGCAAUAGAAAAAUUAACACUUGCAGAAGAGAUUACAUCUGUACCUAAGAAUGGCUGUGAAGUUGGGUGUAGCUAUGAAACUUUCUACCAUACCCCUAUAUUUUCUAGAAGAGCAUUUUCUCACGUUCUAUGUGGUAAGAAGAAAGAAGCUAUAAAGGAUGCUAACAAAGCUAUCAAUUUGGACAGAUUGAACCCAGAUGUGUACUGUGUCAGAGCCCUAGUUUGGAACUCAUACAAAGAAACUAACAGAGCUAUUUAUGAUUUAAACAAGGGCCUUAGGCUAAAUCCUUACCAUGCUUGUGCUUUGAUACUAAGAGGAGCAACUAUCAAUUCUCUUAAUUCUAACAUUAAAAAUGACACAGAGAAUAGAGAUCAUGAAAAGGCUUAUAAAAUAUGCCAGAAGAGCAAUCUUUUCUUGGAUGUAACCAACUUUAAGAGUCCUAAAAUGGCAGAGUUCUUCGAAAAAUUUCUAUGGUCCCUCAAUGUUCCUCACACUGUGACAUCACUGAAUCUAUUGGAAGGAUAUUCAGCCUAUUUCUCAAACUUCCCAUGCAGAAAGAUUUCACAGAAUCUGAGAAAAGUUCCUAGAAUGCCUUCCAUAUUAUCCACACGAAGAGAUCAUUUGAAGAAAUCAGCCACAAUAUCACCUUAUUCUUUAAGUUAUGUGAAGGUAAACCAGUGGCUAUGAGACUCCAAGGAGAGCAGAUCCAUUAUGGUUCUGCACAAAGAGGAAGGAACUCAGAUAUGAAUUUUCCAGAAUUUUGAAGAGUGGCUUGCAAGAACAGUGCCAUGCUGGUGUCAAACGAGUCUUUCUUUCAGGACUAAUAAUGUUUUUCUUUUAAAAUAGUAAAAAUGAAUGCAGUGCUUUGCCUUGGCAUAUUAUGCUACGGUAUCAUCCAA